AUGUCCACAAUCCAGAACCUCCAAUCAUUUGACCCCUUUGCUGAUGAAACUAAGGGUGACUAUCGCCUCCCGGCAGGGACUGAAGAGUACAUCUAUAUAAGAAUUCAACAACGUAAUGGUAGGGAGACACCGACCACUAUCCAAGGCAUUGCAGAUGCUUAUGAUAAAAAGAAGCUUAUGAAAGCAUUUAAAAAGAAAUUUGCUUGCAAUGGUACUGUGAUAGAACACCCUGAAUACGGUGAAGUAAUCCAACUUCAAGGUGACCAGUGGAAGAACAUCUGCCAAUUUAUUCUGGAGGUUGGCAUUGUGAAGCAGAAGCAGUUAAAGGUCUAUGGCUUCUAGAGGAUGUGUUUAACAGCUCCUGAAGUUUCCUGUUGUGUGGCUGAUUCUUUGUAUAUUUGU